UCGUCACUUCCUCCUCCCGUCCUUGCCUCUACGCUGCUGAGGGUCUACAGAGAACUACACAUGGCUAAACUGAGUAAAGAAACUAAACAGCGGCUGCAGCAGCUGUUCCAAUGCGGCCAGUUUGUCAUCCGAUGGGGUUUCAUCCCUACUGUGCUCUAUCUGGGUUUUAAGAGAGGAGCAGACCCUGGAAUGCCUGAACCCAACGUGCUGAGUUUACUUUGGGGUUGAAGAUCACAGCUGCACCAGAACACUUCUUCUGUUCCACUUUGUGAUUGUGUGACCAUGUGAAGCUUCAUAACCCUCCAGCCUGAAAAGUCAGAAGCAAGAUGCAUCUGUAAAACAUACUCUGGACAGAGGACACAGACUGUGAAUCAGUGUGAUUGGACUGUUAUUUUUGGAAGACAUCAUUCCAUUCAUUCUUAUUAUUUUUUAACAUUGAUAGUAUCUUUUCAUCUUUAGUCUAAGUUGUUUUGUAAAGACUGAGUACUGUGAUCAAAAUUGUAAUGGCAAACUUUCAGCAAUUUGCUCUUCAUAUGUGGAAGGCCGGAGAGAAUCCUAUACACAUUAUACUCAAAGAAACAUUGGAAACAAAGUUGAAAUCCACAGAUGUUGAUGUUAUAGUUUGGAUUUAUGACCUAUAGUUCUACUCAGCUUCUGUCUGAAUAUGGGAUUUGUUGACUAAACAUUGCAGUUACUUUAAUUUAGCUAACGUGGUUCAUGUCUAAUAAGAUUUUGUCAAAAGAAUGUUUGCCUGUCCUCUAUCUCACUUCACAAACAGUGUUGUUCAUUA